AUGCCACUCAAGUAUCACGAAAAAUGGUGCCAACACGACGACUCGGUAGACUGCCUUAGUUUCAGUCCUGAUGGUCUUUAUCUUGCUAGCAUUAGUAUGGAUGGUACAAUGAAUAAGCUUGAAACCAUCGGUUUUCAUGUCCAUGAUAAUCUGGUCAAACAUUUGGUGUUUGAUCAUUCAGGAACUUGGUUGGCUACAGGGGGGAAACAUGAAUUGAAGAUAUGGAAAUAUAUUGCACGAGGCUGCCUGCUCGCCACCUAUCUUCAGCAGGGAGUGAUACGCUGGGAUGUAAACAAUAGUGUUAUUCGCUGGAUGAUACCUUUACAAACCUUAAUUGGGCACGCAGAUAUAUCUCCUGAGGAAAUGUGCAUUGCCAUUCCGAAUCAGCUAGAUGGUGUAGAUGUUUAUCAAAUACCAACAGCAAUACUAUUGUUCUCAUUGAAGUAUAACUUGAGCCAGGACCGGAAAUCAAUCCACGGGCCUUACACCUCAGAUACUGUCUAG